AUGGAAGAGCACCAGGAAUUGUCUUCUUUGACUUCCACGCCUACGUCAGAUAGUGAAACACCACUUACUAGAGAUAUUAGAGCUGGUUCCUCGAGAGUAGAUAUAAAUAGAGAUUUUAUUUCUCCUGAUGAAUCUCGGAGAACUUCCCUUGCCUUCGAGAACAAUGCACAAACUUUUGAUCAGCUCACACAAACAGCAGCAGAGCUUUUAAAGUCUAAACUUGCUGAUAUAGAUGAUGAUUUCACUUUUAAACGCAAACAUUCCGAACCUUCUUCUAGUCGAUUUUUUAAGUUAUCAGCACCACCCGUAAGAAAAAAACAGACACAUUCGACUGGACACGUGUCUAGUACUUUACGACGACAUGAUGAUGAAGAAUUUCAAGAUGUCACAGAAUGGACAAUGGAAGGAACCGGCAUUAGGGUGGCGUACGAUGAUUUUACAACGAUAGAUUGGAUUCAUGAUUUCGCCAAGGAACGCGCACGUCAAAAGAAAUUGCGUCAGAAGGAAGGAUGGCGGAGUAAAAUUAAUAUUAUAUUUGAUUUAAUGGAGGGAUGGAUCGUAGUUUUAGCUGUUGGCCUGGCUUCUGGAAUUUUGGCAGGAAUGAUAGACAUCACCUCUGCAUGGUUAAGUGAUCUAAAAGAAGGAUAUUGUAGUUCGGCUUUUUAUCUUAACAGAAAAUUUUGUUGUUGGGACGAUCAAGCAUGCUCUGAAUGGGUUACUUGGAAUAAAGGACUUCAAGCUAAAUCAUCACUAUCAGAAUUUUGGACUAAUUAUGUCUUUUACGUUGUAUUCUCGACAUUAUUUGCAUCUGUGGCUGCUUAUAUUGUACAAACUUAUUCACCGUACUCCGCUGGUAGUGGGAUACCUGAAGUUAAAACCAUUCUUGGAGGAUUUGUUAUUCGAAAAUUUCUUGGAUGGUGGACUUUAUUAAUAAAAAGCAUUGGCAUAAGCUUAGUGGUAGCAUCCAAUUUAUGUCUAGGAAAAGAGGGACCUUUAAUACAUUUAGCAUGUUGUUGCGGUAAUAUCAUUCCGAGAAUAUUCCCAAAGUUCAGAUAUAAUGAAGCAAAAAAACGCGAAAUAUUAUCAGCAGCUGCAUCAGCAGGCGUUUCCGUUGCUUUUGGUGCCCCAAUUGGAGGCGUAUUAUUCAGUUUAGAAGAAGUAUCCUAUUAUUUCCCGUUCAGAACAAUGUGGCGAAGUUUUUUUUGUGCUAUGGUUGCUGCAGUAGCCCUCGAGUAUAUGAAUCCUUUCAGAACUGGAAAACUUGUUCUCUUCCAAGUGGUUUAUGAUCGGGAAUGGCAUGCCUUUGAAUUACUUUUCUUUGCAUUCCUGGGUAUAAUGGGUGGUCUUUAUGGUGCUUUCUUUAUUCGCUUUAACUUAAAAGUUGCAUCGAUACGUAAAGAAACUUGGCUUCGGUUUUUUGGUGUACAGGAAGUGAUUAUUGUAGCUCUUCUCACGUCGAUUAUCAGUUAUUUGAAUAUUUUUAUGAGGGUAAAUCCGUCAGAACUCGUUGCGGCUUUAUUUCGGGAAUGUGUUGAAGGAGAUUAUCAUAACCUUUGCAAUCAUGAUAAUUUUUUUAUGACAGCUAUUUCUCUUAUAAUUGCCGCUAUUUUCAAAUUUUUUUUGACUGGCAUUACUUUUGGAUUAAAAGUUCCUGCGGGUGUUUGGUUACCGUCAAUGGCAAUUGGUGCAUGUUUUGGUAGAGCUGUUGGAUUAUCUGUACAAGCUUGGCAAAGAACACAUCCAAAAUUUUGGAUGUUUGCUUCAUGUAAACCCGAUGUUCCAUGUGUUACACCUGGGAUGUAUGCCAUGAUUGGAGCAGCAUCAGCAUUUGGCGGCGUUACACGAAUGACAGUUUCACUUGUCGUCAUAAUGUUUGAAUUAACUGGCGCGUUAACUUAUGUGUUGCCUAUCAUGAUCGCUGUUAUGAUAAGUAAAUGGGUUGGCGACGCAUUUGACAAAGAAGGAAUUUAUGAUGCAUGGAUUCGACUUAAUGAAUAUCCAUACUUAGACAGUAAAGAGGAAUACAUUUACAAUACUUUAGCAUCUCAAGUUAUGACUCGAAUUGAAGAUUUAAUAGUAAUCACUUCUACUGGACACACAAUAGCAAGUUUAGAUGAAUUAUUAACCGAUACUGAUUACAAGGGAUUCCCUGUUGUAAUAAAUUCCAGAGAUAUGCUGUUAAUUGGAUAUAUUUCACGGUCAGAAUUGCGAUAUGCUAUUGAAAAAGCAAGGACAACGCAAGGCAUUUCUUCGUCGAGUCCGUGCUAUUUUUCAAAUAACUUGCCGAUAUUAGAUUCUAAUGCAUUUAUCGAUUUUAGACCAUGGAUGGAUCAGACUCCUAUCACAGUAUCACAUAAGUUUCCUAUGGAGACAGUCAUAGAAUUAUUUAGAAAAAUGGGUCUUCGCUAUGUUCUGGUCACAAAAAACGGACAACUUCUUGGUUUAAUCACUAAAAAAGAUGUGCUUCGACAUCUGGCCGUAAUGAAACAUCCAAGUCUGUUAGAUGGUGACGAAGCUUAUGAAACUCAGAAUUUGAUGGUGCUUCCUGAACGUCGUAUGUCCAGUUAUAACGGAGAUUUCGGAAUCGAUUGA